AUGCGUCCCAAACGGAAUCAAUCUGACGCAAUUUCUCCGUACUAUUCUUCCGUUCCCAUGUCUCUCUCCGCCCACCAGCUGGGUCUGCUCAUCGGCCGCUCCAGCAUCGCUUCUCAAUCGUCCUCCUCCUACUCCUCCUCUUCCGCCGCCGCCGCAUCCGGCGCCUCCCGCGAAAUCCUUUUUGCGCUCGUGCCGACGCCCGAAGCGCCAGGAGCGGCGGCGCCAGUUGCGGGCAGCAGAGAGAGGAGCGGAUCGGAUGCGAGGGAGUGGCGGCAUGUGGACGGCGACUGGGUGGCGGAACACGCGCUGCAGGUGAGCUGGUUACCAUGGCAGUCCCUCCCUCCCUGCCAUGUGCAUAAAUGGGUCGUGUCGUCUGCUUCACUCCACGGGCUCCGUCCGUCCUCCCCUGUUCACCCUGCUGCACUGCAGGUGUCACGGCUGUUGCUGGGAGGCAUGGGCGUGCUGGGGGUGUGCGCCUUCGUGUCACGGCUGUUGCUGGGAGGCAUGGGCGUGUUGGGGGUGUACGCCUUCUGCUCCGAUGCCGCCUAUAGCAACGCCACACCCUCCUUGCUGCAGGCCCUGCGUUCGCUUGCAGCCUCACUCUCUCCUCCCGCCUCACUCGCCGCCCUGCUGCCUCCUCCCCCCACCGACCUCAUUCUGCUGCACAUCUCCUCCUUCUCCCGCCGGUUCUCAGCACGAUCUGUUGCCACGUCAUCACCUGCCACGUCAGCUGCCAUGUCACCAUGCGACUUCAAGCUCGCUUCCAUCCCUUCACCAAUCCUCAUCUCCUCAAUACUCUCCCUCCGUGCUCAGUGGAAGGGGGGGACGUUGACGGUAGGUUCCUUCCUUUCAUAUCCAAGAUCCUAUUCACGUGCAUGGCAUGGUGCCGCUGUUAGGGAGUGUGCUGGCGCUCUUCCUCGCCAUGCCCUUCUCAAGCUGAGCCGUGUCUGCCAUUCCUUCGUCUUCCCUCUCCCACCGCUGCAGGCGCCAAGGAUGGGCAUGUGCAUGGCAUGGUGGCGCUGUCAGGGAGUGUGUUGGCGCUUUUUUUCCCUUCUCCCACUGCUCUCAUCUCCCACGCCCUCUCCCACCACUGCAGAUGCCAAGGACGGGCACGUGCAUGGCAUGGUGGCGCUGUCAGGCGGUGUGUUGGCGCUCUGCCUCGCCAUGCCCCGAGACCCCUUCUCCCGACUGCUGCACGAUCUCAAGGUGCGUCUCCUCACUGCCUUCUUUUCUAGCCGCCUCACAAGUCGACUCGCCAUGCCCCAAGACCCCUUCUCCCCAGUGCUGUACGGCCUCAAGGUCGAUGUGGAGCAGGCUAGACCUAGUGCAGGAGGAGGAGGAGUGCCUCAGUGCACUCUCUCUACCUCUCUUUCUUCCACCCCACCCUGCCCUUUCACAUAUCUUCCAGGUCGAUGCUGUGCGCAGUGUGCAGAGGAGCGAUGUAGCGAGCUAUGUGGGAUGGUGGCAGUGGCAGACGAGGCAGUGAGGGAGCAGGGCGUUGGGGUGGAAUGGGAGGGGCAGGUGGAGGGAGAGGAGGAGCAGAGUGGCAUGGAGGGCAGUGGUGCACGUGCUGCUGUGUGGCUCCCCCCCGGAACCGCACCUGCCAAGCCACACAGCAGCACCCGCCCUGGCGACUCUGGCAGCAGUGAUAUGAUUGCCUUGAAGGCAGGGGUGGGAGAGAAGGGUUCAGCAGGCAGGGCUGUUUCGCUGUUGUUGGCUGUACUGGGGGUGCUACUGGCUCUUCUUGCUGCACUCGUGCUUGCUCUCAAAUGA